AAGUCCCUACUUCCAAGUUCACAAGAUGUAUUAAAGUGGCACAAAACUAUCACCGCAGCAAUCCAAGCAACUUCUAAAGCAGCAACUCCCAAAUCAGCAACCUCAGCAACUUCCAAAGUAGCAACCUCUAAAGCAGUAACCUCAGCAACCCCCAAAGCAGCAACUCUAGCAACUACAACACCCACAACAAUCCUAGUGAUAGAAGAACUAAUACUAAAUGAAUUAACAACACCAGUGUCUAGCCCAAGAAGGCCAGAAACACCCAUAGGUGAAGUUGUCAAAACAAAAAGGCAAUCACAAAUUUAUAAUAUUGAAGAUAUAGAAGGUGAGAGUGAAG